GAUGCCAAAACUGUGAUUAGUCACAUGAUGGCGCGACAGGAGAGAGAUCCAGAUUUUUUCUUCAAGUACUUGGUUGACCGAGAGGGUCAUUUGAAGGGAUUGUUCUGGGCUGAUAGUCAAUCCCGGCGUGACUACGAGGCUUUUGGCGACGUUGUUGUUUUUGAUAGCACCUACAGGACUAAUAAGUACAAUCUGCCCUUUGUGCCUUUUGUUGGGCUGAAUCACCACCGCAGCACUGUUAUUUUUGGAUGUGGUAUUAUUUCUCAUGAAACAGGCGAGGCAUACGAGUGGAUGCUGCGGACCUUUUCUAAAGCAAUGGCCAAUAAGCACCCGAUAUCCGUGAUCACUGACGGGGACUUGGCAAUGCAGAGAGCAAUCAGAGUGGUCUGGUCUGACACGGUUCAUAAGCUGUGUGUAUGGCAUAUUCAAGAGAACAUUGUACGUCAUCUGAGUGAUGACGCGGUUAAGGAAGAAUUCAGAUCUUUCAUAUAUGAUCGUUCUUCCAUACAAGAGCAUGAGAGCAAAUGGGUAGAUUUCUUAGAAAGGAAUAAAGUAACAAGUGAGGAGUCGUGGUUGCAUCAGAUGUAUAAGAUGAGGAAGUUGUGGUGUGCUCCAUAUCUGGUGGGACGCUGUUUCCUAGGAUUGAGCAGUAAUCAAAGGAGUGAGAGCCUAAACUCUGUUCUGCAUACGCAUCUUGAUGGUAGCAUGACAUUGUUUAAAAUGGUAGAGCACUAUGAGCGUUGCCUUUCGACACGACGCCUAAAUGAGGCGGUGCUAGACAUUGUUGCCUUGCAGUCCGUUCCAUUUACAGAGGUGGAUGCUUCUAGUCUUGAGAAACACGCUGCACAAGUUUUCACACCUGCAAUGUUUGUUUUGGUCAGAUAUAGCACAGAUGCUGUCAGGAAUUGUACCCUCAGCGGUGAAAUACUAGAUACAGAUGAUUUGACCACAUUUGUUGUGGCUAAGAAGCAUAGAGGAGAGAAGUUCCAAGUGGAGUAUGAGAAAAAGGAAGGUUCUUCGGAGAGGAUUUCUUGUUCUUGCCGCAAGCUGGAAUGCUUAGGCACACCAUGUUCCCACAUAUUUUACAUAUUGGGAUUAUUAGAAGUAAAACGACUUCCGAGUUGUUGUGUUCCUACUAGGUGGACGAUGAGUGCAAAGGCCGCAUGUCCUGGGGCAAGAAAGAACUGCAUGUAUGAUUAUUCGGCAAGUCUGAGGAGGUACCGUGAGCUACGGAACUUGAGUCACGCGAAAUGUUUCUCAGCAGCUCAUUCUGUUGAAGCAUAUGAGCAUCUGAAGAUGGUUCUAAAUGUACAAGAUGAUAGGAAGGAAUCAUCCAGUGGUCACAAGGAAUGCAUGAGGUAUGGGCCGGUGCUCCCUCAAACGGCACGACUUGAUUCUGGAGAAUUGGAGAAGGUUCUAGAUCCUGUGCAUGUGCAAGGCCGAGGUGCACCGAAGAAAAGAAUGAAGAAGAAGCGGAAAAGAUCAAACUCAAAAUGCGGUUAUUGCAGGUUGGAGGGUCACAAUAGGCGUAAAUGUGCCAAGUGGAUAGAGGACAACAAUCUGACAGAGCCUUGUUAGCUCUCUUCACCUGGCCGUCCGCUCCAGCAUGGCCGCCGUGUCGUCCGCCACCUCCGUCCACGACUUCACUGUCAAGGUUGUUAGCGGGAAGGGCGUCGGCCUGAGCAUGGCACAAAUUUAUUGAACUUUAUCCCUCUGUAGGCAGAUCAUCGCACCAUUAUACCGAGAUCAUAGCACAUGGAAUAAACUCCUCCUGGCCGUAGCUUUUCCCCUCCUUAAGGCUCUGGCAUUUCUCCAUUAAGGCUCUGUUCAUUGCACAUGUGAAUAUAGUUCUGGCAUUUCUCCAUUAAGGCUCUGUUCAUUGCUACCAACAUUUGUGACUUGGAAUUGACCUGGAAUGUAACCUGCACAUAUUUCCAAUUUAUCUAUUCGCAGUGACCUGGAAUGUUACUUGGCCAGCCUCUUGUCCAAUGUACUUCAAUCUGAUAAUGUAUGGAUUUUGUGAAGUUACUCAAAUACUUGCUCUGAAAUUGUAUACAAGUUUGGUGUGAUGUACACUUUUCAGCACACACUCUAGGAUUUGCAGGGAGUACUUGUGCUUGUGUUCACUGUAGAAACUGCAGUUAACUGAACACAAAACCUUGCGUUUACUGUCAGUGAACACAAACUGCUUGUGCUGUCCGUGAACGCAAAUUCUUGCUUGCGCUGUCACUGAACAGAAACUCAGAUUAUGUGGACUUCCCGUUUCAUUAUUGAGCUGCAGCAUCUAUCUUGCAAAGUAUGUGCACGAGUCAGUGUUGGCUACGUACGUCUGCACGCUGCCGAUGUCCAGCACCCGCUGGAU